AUGCGAUUCGCCAUCCGAUAUGCGUGCUCGCUGCUCUCGUUCAUCUUUCUCGUCGUCCCCUCAAUGGCUCUGCCCAACAUUGGCGCUCUGAUGAAGCGGGGUCCCGACGGCGAGCCGUCGCACUUCGAAAGACGUCUUCUCUCGGCAGACCCCAUCUCGCUGCACACCAUGAUCACCAGUCUCCGCGACACGGUGUCCGAGCUGAACAAUCGAACUUCCGUUCCCGAAGCAGACGAUUUGAUGCGGACGCCCGUGAGGCAGGUUACAUCAGACCAGAUCUACCGCGCGUUCAACAUCCAGCCCUCGGACGCGAUGGCUGACUACUACCGGCGACGCAGCCUCAUGCCUCUAGGAGAAGACUCUUCGCAUGCGUACCAGCCUCCUGCGCAGGGGGCACGACGUGGGCCGUGUCCAGGAUUAAACACGAUUGCUAACCACGGCUAUUUACCCCGAAACGGCAUCGUCAACCCGAUCCAGCUCGUCGUUGGCACAUUCGAAGGCCUGAACCUCAGUCCGGACCUAGCCGGCAUCCUCGCCGCAAUCUCCUUUAUCGGCAUGGGCGAUCUCCUCCAAAUGCAGCUGUCCAUCGGCGCCAAAUCCGGCCUGGGCGACGGACUCAACCACCACGGCAUCCUCGAAGGCGACGGCUCCGUCACCCGCCUCGACCACUACUUUGGCAACAGCUGGGAUGCCAACCCCGCCCUUGUGGAGAUGUUCAUCAACGAGACCAACACCUGGGGUCAUGGGGAUGUGACACCGUAUUCGCUGGCUCACUCGCGCUAUCGUGCCUGGGACUAUGGACGCAAGUCCAACCCAGUGUUCGAUUUCAACCCGUGGCGAAUGCUCGUGGCGUAUGCAGAGAGCGGAUUUGUGCACCAGCUACUGCGUGGAUCGCUGAGUCGUUUUGACGAAAUCGCCAUUCGCAGUUGGUUUGUCCAAGAACGCUUUCCGGAAGGUUGGAGCAAGCGUUUGGUGCCGUUCAGCACACCAGAGAUCCUCGCUUGGGCAGGUCUCAUUGCGGGACUCAAACCGAUCAUUCCAGGAACCGGCGAUGGUCACGGGGGGUUUGUGCCGACGCCCAACACCGAUCCUGCAUAUAGCAAGAUGGCCGGCAUGAUGGGCAACAAGUACGCAAAUACGACGGUGGGCGACCUGCUCUGCUACGCCGGGAACGAGGUGCUCGGCUUCAUCCCCUCGCAGUUGAUCAACAUCGUCGGCGCUUUGGGUCUCAAGGGGGUGAGCACCGAGAUAAAGUGCAAAUAA